AGCUUCGCCUCUCUUUGUUGUCACACGCUCUGCUCUCCAACAACGAUGAGUGUGACGUUGGAGUCGCUUGCGGUCAUAAACCCUAACCCGAACGCUAGCCACAGCUCACUGUCAUCGAAGAUGGCUCCGAUGGGGGCGUCUCUACGGUUUGCUCCGCUGCUCAGGCCUCGCGGUUACAGAGUCUCGGUUGUGGCUAAAGGCGUUUCUCCCAAAGGGCUUGGGGUUCGGUUUCUUUCUAUGGAUCGACGGAGCUCGUGUAACCUCUCGAUUGUAGCUUCCGCAGCUUCUCACGAGGAAUCGAAUAUAAAUAUUGAAGUGGAGAAUGAUAAGGAUGAUCCCAAGUUGAGGGCUGAAGAUUCACAAGAAGCUUGGCAAGAGGUUCUAGAUUCUUUCAGAGAACAAGCCUUGAAGAUGCAAAGUAUUUCCCAAGAAGCAUAUGAGAUAUACUCCAAGAAAGCAGCUAUCGUCCUGAAAGAAACUUCAGAGCAGUUGAAGAUACAAGCAGAUAAGGCAAGACAUGAUUUGAGUGUGAUAGCGAAGGAAGUUGGUGAAGAAGGCAAAGUAUAUAUCUCCACAGCUGCAGAAAAUUCGCCUGAACCAGUCAAGGAGAUUGUGGAGAUAUAUACUACGUCAACUGAUGAUCUAAGUGAAAUUUCUAGAGCCCAUGACUUCCAUGUUGGGAUACCAUAUGGUCUGAUCCUUUCUCUUGGUGGGUUUCUUUCCUUCAUGCUAACGGGAAGCAUUGGUGCCAUUAGAUUUGGCGUUAUCCUUGGUGGCACUCUUUUGGCUUUAAGCAUUUCAAGUUUGAAGUCAUAUAAAAGAGGAGAACCAUUUCCUCUAGCCUUGAAAGGACAGGCAGCAAUAGCAAGUAUAUUGUUUGUACUGGAGUUACGCAGGCUGUCUCAGGGUCCAUCAUUUCUGAGUUUCUUUACAACCCUCAUCAGCGGUGCUGUGGUGGCAUUCUAUGUCUACAAAAUCAUUGGAGAUCAUAAAAAGCGGAGAGGCUCAAACUUGGAAAACCAGACAGAAAAUUAGUUCAAUUGGCCAAGCAAAAGCAAUUUAAACUUUUCCAUACGCUCCAGGUGGAGGUUUUACUGGACUACAAUAGAGCUUUUGGGAGGACUACAAAUUUUUCAGAGGCAGUAUUGUUUGAUGAGGUUGCGGAAUGCUGCCAGGGGCAAGAGAUAAUCUGGGCUUUUCUCAGAUUAGUUUGUACUUUUUUAUCCUGUUAAUUAAUUAGGAAAUAAUACCGAUGUUACCAUAACAUGGCCUACGUGCUCCCUUUGAUUUGGGAGGUGCUAGAAAUAGUGGUUUGCUUUUCAUCUUUUUCUGUAUCUUUUUGAUGACCUAAGUUUGUUAUGGUCAUGCGUGUUCUCUGCGGCUUUACUAAAUUCAUGCUGUCAGAUUGUUGAUCACAUUUUUCUUUCAAUAAUUUAUUGUCACCACUAAGUAUAUAUUUUCUAUUAA